GAGAGCUUCUGUUUCAUGCCUGUAUCCCACUUGAUUCCUGCUAAUCUGCUGAUGCAGUGAAUUGGAAGACAGCUGUUGCCAGGAUAACCUGUAAUGGGCAAGGAGCCACAGAGAAGAAAACAUUUCUUUUAGUUUUUACACUUGGUUUGAAAGACCAGCAUGUUUUGGAAAUUUGAUCUUCACUCAUCAUCCCACAUAGACACACUUCUAGAAAAAGAAGAUGUAACACUGAAGGAGUUAAUGGAUGAGGAAGAUGUUUUACAGGAAUGUAAAGCUCAGAACCGCAAACUUAUAGAGUUUCUGUUAAAAGCAGAAUGUCUCGAAGAUUUAGUCUCAUUCAUUAUAGAAGAACCACCUCAAGACAUGGAUGAAAAGAUCAGAUACAAGUACCCAAAUAUUUCUUGUGAGUUGCUCACUUCCGAUGUCUCCCAGAUGAAUGAUAGACUGGGGGAAGAUGAAUCCUUGCUCCUGAAAUUGUAUAGCUUCCUCCUAAACGAUCCCCCCUUGAACCCACUACUUGCCAGUUUCUUCAGCAAGGUGCUAAGUAUUCUUAUCAGCAGAAAACCAGAACAGAUUGUGGAUUUCUUAAAGAAGAAACGUGAUUUUGUCGACCUUAUUAUAAAGCACAUAGGAACGUCAGCUAUCAUGGAUUUGUUGCUCAGGCUCCUGACAUGCAUCGAGCCGCCGCAGCCCAGGCAGGACGUGCUGAACUGGUUGAAUGAGGAGAAAAUUAUCCAGAGGCUUGUGGAAAUAGUUCAUCCAUCGCAAGAAGAAGAUCGGCAUUCCAAUGCGUCCCAGUCACUUUGUGAAAUUGUUCGCCUGAGCAGAGACCAGAUGUUACAAAUUCAGAACAGCACAGAACCAGACCCUCUGCUCGCCACUCUAGAAAAGCAAGAAAUCAUAGAGCAGCUUCUAUCAAACAUUUUCCACAAGGAGAAAAAUGAAUCAGCCAUUGUCAGUGCCAUCCAGAUACUGCUGACUCUACUUGAGACACGGCGGCCAACAUUUGAAGGCCAUAUAGAGAUCUGCCCACCAGGCAUGAGUCAUUCAGCUUGUUCGGUCAACAAGAGCGUUCUAGAAGCCAUCCGAGGAAGACUUGGAUCUUUUCAUGAACUCCUGCUUGAGCCACCCAAGAAAAGUGUGAUGAAGACGACGUGGGGCGUGCUGGACCCUCCCGUGGGGAACACCCGGUUGAACGUGAUUCGGUUGAUAUCCAGCCUCCUUCAGACAAACACCAGCAGUAUCAACGGGGACCUCAUGGAGCUGAAUAGCAUCGGGGUCAUAUUGGACAUGUUCUUCAGAUACACGUGGAAUAACUUUCUGCAUACACAAGUGGAGAUUUGUAUUGCACUGAUUCUUGCGAGUCCCUUCGAAAACACAGAAAAUGGCACAAUUACUGAUCAGGGCUCCACUGGUGACAAUUUGUUGUUGAAACAUCUUUUUCAAAAAUGUCAGUUAAUAGAACGAAUACUUGAUGCCUGGGAAAUGAAUGAAAAGAAACAGGCUGAGGGGGGACGACGGCACGGCUACAUGGGACACCUGACGAGGAUAGCUAACUGCAUCGUGCACAGUACGGACAAGGGCCCCAACAGCACGUUGGUACAGCAGCUUAUCAAAGGUCUUCCAGACGCAGUCAGGGAGCGAUGGGAGUCGUUCUGCACGAGCUCCUUAGGAGAAACUAACAAGAGGAACACGGUGGAUCUAGUUACAACCUGCCAUAUUCAUUCAUCCAGUGAUGAUGAAAUUGACUUUAAAGAAACGGGUUUCUCACAGGAUUCUUCUUUGCAGCAAGCCUUUUCUGAUUAUCAGAUGCAACAAAUGACGUCCAAUUUUAUUGACCAGUUUGGCUUCAACGAUGAGAAGUUUGCAGAUCAAGAUGACAUUGGCAAUGUUUCUUUCGAUCGGGUCUCAGACAUCAACUUUACUCUCAAUACAAACGAAAGUGGAAACAUUGCCUUGUUUGAAGCAUGUUGUAAGGAAAGGAUACAGCAGUUCGAUGACGGCGGCUCUGACGAGGAAGAUAUCUGGGAGGAAAAGCACAUCGCGUUUGCGCCAGAAUCGCAGAGGCGAUCCAGCUCGGGGAGUACGGACAGUGAGGAAAGUACAGACUCCGAGGAAGAAGACGGAGCGAAACAAGACUUGUUUGAAUCCAGUAGCGCCAGCACGGAGGACAAGAUGGAGGUGGACCUGAGUGAACCACCCAACUGGUCAGCCAACUUUGAUGUCCCCAUGGAGACGACCCACGGUGCUCCCUUAGACUCUGUGGGGUCUGACGUCUGGAGCACAGAGGAGCCGAUGCCAACUAAAGACACAGGCUGGGCCUCGUUCUCAGAGUUCCCAUCUUCCCUGAGCACAAAAGAUUCCUUGAGGAGUAGCUCUCCAGUGGACAUGGAGACCAGCGCGGAGCCGAUGGCCCCUCUGCCCCCCAGUGUCGCUGCGCUGGCGGUGCAGCCGGAAGUGCCAGGCAGCGUGGCCAUGGAAGCCAGCUCUGACGGGGAGGAGGAUGCAGAGAGUACAGACAAGGUAACUGAGACGGUGAUGAAUGGCGGCAUGAAGGAGACUCUCAGCCUCACUGUAGAUGCCAAGACAGAAACUGCGGUCUUCAAAAGCGAGGAAGGAAAACUGUCUACCUCUCAAGAUGCCUGUAAAGACGUGGGGGAGAGCCCCGAGACGGCCGAGGCGAAGUCUGCGGCUCCCCGGCCCCCCAGCAGUAGUCCAGAGCAGAGGGCUGACCAGCCGGGCGUGCCGGGCGACGCGUCCGUCAACGGCCCUGUAUGAUGAGCGACCUGCUGCUGCUGACUGAGGACGCAGGCCGCCAUCCGGGGCUCUGGGGGCUUCCGCGGGAGCCGCCGCCGUCACUGCUGCACUCACUCCGCACGGGAUCAGGACCAGCACCCUUUAUACUCGAGACGCUCAGACGUUGUACAGAGAAAUCCAGAAGUGUACAAAUAUUGCACAUGACAAAUACCAAGAAUUUUUGCGUAUGUUUAUAUUGUAUUGUUCUAAAUAAUGGGUAGCCUGUGAAAUAAGAUCUUGCCACCCAUGUAAUAAUAGUAGUAAUAAUAGUUAAAAUGGCUGUAAGAAUAGUUUUAUAAAAGUGAAUACACAGAUCUAUUGUAUUUGAAACAUAACUAUUUGACAAUUAUUAGUGUGACCAAAGUAUUAGGCAGUUUUCAUACAUUUUUCACCGUGUACAAAAUUCUGAAUUCAUUUUUCUUCCAGGUCGGCAAGGAGUUGUAGGAUUGAAAUGCCCUCGAAGUGUUAUUUUGGUUGUUCUAACUUACAAAAAUGAUUUUGAAUAAGAACUAUUUGGUGUUCUUUUUAUAACCAGUUUUUGAUUGGUAACUGUUUUCUGUAUUGUUUAAAACGGAUCAAAAAAUGUAAGUCUAUUGGUAGAGAUUAAGUAUUUAUUGCUACAACUUAGUUGAUAAAUUGAUGUUAUCGUAAAGCCAUAUGUUCUGUUAAGGUCUUGUUUGCUCGAAAAGAUUAUCCUUACAGGUGAAACACUAGACUAUUUGGAGUGUA